AUGACCUUAACAUCAUGUGAAGGUACUGAAGAUGCCAACAAGAUUCUCAGUAAUGAUGGUGCAUGUCCCAUUUGUGAACAAGUACUCUCCAAGAGUCUAAUGAAAGCUGUGGACACCAAUCCAAACGAAGGAUGGAUAAAUGUAACCUCCUCUUGUUUUCCUCAACUGAAUCUAGUGAUGAAGAGUGCAUACCGAAGUGUAAUGUUUUACAUUUCGCAAAGGGACUUGGAGAUGCAGUACAAGAUGAAUAGAGUUGUUGCGCAGUGUCGUCAGAAAUGUGAGGGAAUGCAAGCAAAGUUUAGUGAGAAAAUGGAACAAAUGAAUACAGCAUACCAGAAGAUGGGAAAGAGGUGUCAGAUGAUGGAGCAAGAGGUAGAAAACUUGACCAAGGAUAAACAAGAGCUCCAAGAGAAGUUCUCCGAGAAAUCAAGGUCAAAGAGGAAGCUUGAUGAGAUGUAUGACCAGUUAAGAAGUGAAUAUGAGUCAGUAAAACGUACAGCCAUACAGCCAGCAAAUAACUUCUAUCCACGACACCAGGAACCUGACUUUUUCUCAAACCCACGAGUGAAUAUGAUGGAGAACAGAGAGCCCACUCACAAAGACCGGUCGUUUUACUCUCCUGGAACACCAGGACCUAAAGAUGAGAUAUGGCCAGCAAGACCGAACAGUUCAAACUCGGGUCCAUUCGACAUCUCCAACGACUCACCUGCAAUUCCAGCUGAACUUGGAAACAGAAGAGCAGGAGGAGGCCAUCCUGUAUUUGGUGGUGUUGGUGGCAAUUCUAAUCCCCAAUCUACUCUACGAAACCUUAUUCUCUCCCCUAUUAAACGCUCCCAGCUCUCUCGUUCUCGCCCUCAACUGUUCCCAUUAUAGCUUAUAGUGCAAGGAACAAGCUCAAGUGCUCUGUACCUGCCUUGGUGGAAGGUCACAACCGGUAAAUGACUCUUCGUUUUUAUAAGCUUACUGUGUUAGUAAGUAAAAUAUGAGAUGAAUCAAUCUAGUUAAACGACUUACAAGGAUGUAAGAUGACGAGCAAACAUAAAAAGACAUUUUCGUUAAAAAAGCUGUAAAAGAAGAAACAGUUAUAGGUAAG